UGCAUUUGUGGAGGUAAAAUAAAGGAAGGGAAUGCACAAUUAAUGGUAACAGCUGAGAAAAGCAAAGGAACAAUGUAUUGGUCCACAGGACAGGUAGAUAAGGCAUGCAGGACGUGUUCCUUUAUUGGCUGAGGCAAAGAAUAUAAAAGCAAAUAAGGUCAUGCUCAAAAUACAUCCAACAAUAGACAGGCCACAGUACUGCAUACAGUUUUGUUUACCACUGUAUGACCUGGCACUAACCAGCUACCAAAGAGAUCUAUGAGAACGUUGCUUGGUCUUGGGAAUUUUGAAUAUGAAGAUUGUUUAGACUGGAAUUGUCUUGUCUAUGAUGAAUUUGUAUAUAAUGAUGAGACCUAGAUAGAGUGAACAGGAGGUACCUGCUGCUCUGGCAACUGGCGAGCAUUGGUUUAAGGUUAAGUGGUGGAAGAAUUACAGGAAUUUUGGUGGGAGCAGAGGUUUGGAACUCAUUGCUUGGAAUGAAAAGCAGAAAAACUCAUUGCAUUUUAAAAAUAUAAGGACCAAGAACUGAGAAGCAGGCUUUUUUUUUGCCCAGCAUAUAUUACAAACUCUAACUUCCCUUGAACUGAAUAGUCAGAGGGCAUUCUUUUGGCCGGUCCGGAAUCACAUAGGAUUUUUUCCCUUGUUCAUCACGAGGGUUUUCGUUUACAACACCAUUACCACCAAUGACUAGGAUAUUUUUUAAUAAGCAGAUUAUUAGCUGAUUUUUAAUUCCACAGCGGCCAUUUAAACUCAAAUCUCUGGAUUGUUAGUCUGGUAAUUUAACCGCUGAACCCACCGUAUCACCACUGUACACUACGCAGCAGAUGUUUUUUUAAGUGUGUCAUGCAUUUGUAUAAUUCUAUAAUAUUGUGUGUAUAGCUUGGUGUUACUGGUUACUUCAGUCAGAACGAUGGAACAAAAAGAGGUCUAUCACCUGCUGGGGUUCCUACCGUUGCCAACUGUGCUUCGAUACAAUCCUGGAAUUCCUAACACAUUAUCUCCCGCUUCCAAUGCCCCGCCUCCAAACCCUCAUUAUUGGCUGCCUCCUUCCAUUGCUAAUUGGACAGUAAACAGUCUCCUCAUUAUCCCAUUGGAAGAUUCUUGACUGUCUGUCAAACAGCCAUCUUUGCCUCCGCCAAUGCUUCUCCACCAGAUCAAAAAAAAUUCAAAGAAAAUGGGAGGAAAAUAGUUGUUGCCGCUUCAUGACCCGUCGCUCCGGGUUACUUUCGAUCUCAUGCACGGAAAGCUGUAAACCGAUAUCCACAUUAAAGGGCGGUAGAAGGUACCCGGGAGGAGAGUUUUGCAUCGCUCCUAGGCUUGGUCGCAUUCCUGCACUUCAUCCCGUCCUCUUUGACUUGUCAGCACCUCGCUCCCGAGGUGAGGGGAAAGCGCCACGGAAUUUGCUGAACUGCCAAGAUCACUUGGGAACGAUUGAGCCCCACAAUGUUCAAGUCAGGUCAAAAGCUCAGAGCGAUCCUUUAGCCUGGUCAAACCGUCCUGCCCACCACCCACCUGCACUCCUUCCCUCGCCCCCCACCCCCAUCCUCCACCUCCCCCUCCCACUCCCCACAGAGCCCUGCCUCCGAAUGUCCGAUCGCGGGGGAGCAGCAGCCAGUGAAUCGGACCCAGCCACAGCCUCCCAUCGCCUCGGCGCGCCUGUCUGAAGCAAGCCGGCCGCCAGGAUGACCGUGAUCGCCGGCGACAACUUGGACGAAGCGUCGGCGCUGCCCGGCCACCCUCAGGACAGCUACCCGCCGGACAACGAUGACCACGAGUGCUGCGAGCGGGUGGUCAUCAACAUCUCGGGGCUGAGGUUCGAGACGCAGCUGAAGACCCUCGCCCAGUUCCCCAACACGCUGCUGGGCAACCCCAAGAAGAGGAUGCGCUACUUCGACCCUUUGCGCAACGAGUAUUUCUUCGACAGGAAUCGCCCCAGCUUCGACGCCAUCCUCUACUACUACCAGUCGGGCGGCCGGCUCCGCAGACCGGUCAACGUGCCGCUGGAGAUGUUCUCGGAAGAGAUCAAGUUUUACGAACUGGGCGAAGAGGCGAUGGAGAAAUUCCGCGAAGACGAAGGCUUCAUCCGGGAAGAGGAGCGACCCUUGCCCGAGAACGAGUACCAGAGGCAAGUGUGGCUGCUGUUUGAGCACCCGGAGAGUUCGGGACCGGCCCGGGGCAUCGCCAUCGUCUCGGUGAUGGUCAUCCUCAUCUCCAUCGUGAUCUUCUGCCUGGAGACCCUGCCCCAGCUGAAAGACGACAGGAAGCGCAUAAUGCAGGUGGGCAACGCCACCAUGCCCUACAAGUCCAACAUCCUGACCGACCCCUUCUUCAUCGUGGAGACCCUGUGCAUCAUCUGGUUUUCCUUCGAGCUCAUCGUCCGCUUCUUCGCCUGCCCCAGCAAAGCGGACUUCUUCAAGAACAUCAUGAACUUCAUCGACAUCGUGGCCAUCAUCCCCUACUUCAUCACGCUGGGCACCGAGCUGGCCGAGGAGGAGGAGGGCAACGUGAGCGGGGAGCAGGCCACCUCGCUGGCCAUCCUGCGAGUUAUCCGGCUCGUCCGGGUGUUCCGGAUCUUCAAGCUGUCCCGGCACUCGAAAGGCCUCCAGAUCCUGGGCCAGACUCUUAAAGCCAGUAUGAGGGAGCUGGGACUGCUCAUCUUCUUUCUCUUCAUCGGAGUCAUUUUGUUCUCCAGCGCCGUGUUCUUCGCAGAAGCCGACGACCCCGACUCCUUCUUCACCAGCAUCCCGGACUCUUUCUGGUGGGCUGUGGUGUCAAUGACCACCGUGGGUUACGGGGACAUGUACCCGGUCACCAUCGGAGGCAAGAUCGUGGGAUCCCUGUGCGCCAUCGCCGGGGUCCUGACCAUCGCGCUGCCCGUGCCCGUCAUUGUGUCCAACUUCAACUACUUCUACCACCGGGAGACCGAGGGGGAGGAGCAAGCUCAGUACCUGCACGUUAGCUGCCCGAACAUCGCCUCGGACAGCGACCUGCGAAGCCGCAGCUCCUCCACCAUCAGCAAGUCGGAGUACAUGGAGAUCGAAGAAGACGUGAACAACAGCAUAGACAAUUUCAGAGAAGCAAACCUCAGAACUGGCAACUGCACUGUAGCGAACCAAAACUGUGUGAACAAAAGCAAACUGCUGACAGAUGUUUAAACAUCUGCGGGCUCGGUGGCUGAAGCCACGCUUUCCAGAUACUGUUCCUUGUAUUGGCUUUGUUGACCUCGUUAAUGCGUUGUUGCAUUGCAGUUAUGCUAAGCGAAAUAAGCUUUCAGAAUUACGUGGAAGGUAUAUUUUCAUUUAUUUUUAAAUGGCUUUCUUUCUCCAACUGCGUAACGAGGGAGAUCUUUUUCCAGAUCCAUUCACGUGAGCAAUCGUAGGUAUAUUCUUUAAACAGAACACUUGGUCUGAUACCUGCUCGCCAACCUCGAAUGGAAGUUUUUAAACAGUUCAUUUACAACUACCAGUGCAUGUGUUAAGGGACAAUUCUGCAAACUGCGCCGUGCAUCCAAACAAAGAUAGCGAACGCCCAAAAGCAUCAGAUCUCGGAAUUCUGGUGAAACGUGCGAGCGUCUGCGGCUUUCCACGCACUGAUGAAUUUUUCAUUGCGGAAGGUGAUUGUUUAGACUUGCUAAAAAGACAUCGUCGUCCUUUAUUGAGGAAAACAAGUGACUGCUUUUGCCUCAACUUUCUGAUGUGACAACGAAUCCGUUAAAAACAUCUGCAGUGUUGCAAUUUUCAGAUAUCGCAAUUCAUAUCCUUCCAGGACUGAACGUUCAAAAAGCCCAUUUCCGAUUGGAUGUGAGAAGCAUAAUUCAAGAUCCAAACCCUUAAAACAAUAGCAUGUCUUGAUAUUCAUCAUUCACUUUUGUCUGGCAUGCCUCGAACAUUACCUCAAAUAACAGAAAACAAGUCUGCGUUUUAAAUUAUAUUUCUGGAGAGUUAGUACUCAUUUGCUUUCACCAAAAGUGCAAUGGCUUAUUAUUUAAUUUAUUAUUUCCAAGCACUCAUGGCCUGAAUGUUAACUUGUAUGGGGUAGAGUAACUUUAGAUCAUAGCAUGUUUAACUACUUAACAUUAUGCCCUCUUUGGGAAUGGUACCAUGUAACCCACUAUAACUUAUGCAUGACGUUAGGUUACAAAAGAGAUUUGAACUGUAAGGAUUGGAUAUUGAGGGACCCGAUGAUUUUCCUGCAGAAUUUCAGGGAAAUGAGUUGGUUCAUGUCCUAACAAUGCUCAAAAUAUGGUGCAACAUAGCCCGGUUACUUCUGGGCAAUCUGAAAACGUGAAAACAGGUUAGGUAAUGUAUAUGACACAACUUAAUUUAAAGUGGAACUAAUCACACUGAUAAGAAAGCAUGCCUUUCGUGCAUUUUAACAGAAUGUAAAUGUAAAAUAUAUGUAAAUGACGCAUCCAAGCCAUUCAUUUCCUAAUUUAUUCUCAUUGAUAAAGUACUUUAAGUUUUGGCUUCCCUAUUCUUUAUGGCAGAAGCUCAGUAAAUUACUUAGUUAGUUGCUAGUGCCUUUUAAAUCCUUACACUCCUGGACUGCUGGAAGUGCCUCCAUGUACAAAGAAUGAUUGAAUGAGAUGACGUCCACAGAAAUCUUUUUAAUCUGUUGCACAGUGAAAAUAUACCACCUCAUUUCUGUUUGACAGUCUGGGGCAGAAUUGUUUUACCUGUGAGGGCCAAUGGACGGUUAUCUUGAUGAUAAGUUUGUGGAAUGGCAUUUUCAGAUAGUUCUGAAGAUUUAAACCAACUGGUGAGAGAGAUGGGAGGAAAACACACCUCCUCAGCAAAUGGACACUGCAGCUAAACAGGAGCUGCAAAAGUAUUUUUGGAAUCUCUGAUGUCCCCAGCAAAUAAAGAUUUGAACAAAUUGUUACACUAAAGCAUGUUACCUUCACCUCUUUCUGUCCACCUGCAUAAUCUGCAAUGUACCAAAAAGGAGAAUGAAGUUUCCUCAGCAGACUACCUCAGUUUAGAUUGAUGAAAGGACUGUUUCACUGUGUGGCUCCAGGCUGAGGGCAUUCUUUUUUUUUGGUUCUUCUGAAUUCACAUAAACAAUGAUUUAAGUAGAAGUUUUUCCUCAAUUUACUUUCUUAUCAUCUUUUCUGGAGCUGUAUUUUCAAGUCAGUUUCAGUGCUUACAUAUGUUGCCAACAUCUCUAGUUUAGCCUGUCACUCUCCGUAGCUUAAUUGUAAUGCAGAAACUUGUCACAGCUCACUCUGACAUGCUACUUAAGGCCAGAAGCUCUCAAAGAUAUCAUCAAACAAUUACAUCAAUAUUUGGAGAACUAUAUGGCAAUUUCCCAAAGACCCGGAGAAACAAGCAUUACAUUUUUGUAAUUAACAUCGUGCAAGUCUUGAGCAGAGGAACCUACCUGGAUAUGAUUGUGUUUAUUGCAAGAUACUGUUUGUUGUCCUAGGAUAAUACUGACUGAAACAACUGGAUGAAAACACAAUUAAAUUCCGAAAGGAAUGAUGGGUUGAUUAUAAAUUGUACUUUCUUGAAAAUCUCAGGAAUGCAGAGGAAAAGGAUUUAGCAAAGUGUGAAGCUACUCCAAGUUCAUAUGACUGAAUUAGUUGAUACAACUGAACUGAGAGUAUAUUUGAAAGUUAUGCAGAGGAAUUUUGAAUAACUCUUGAACUGCGUUUGCUGUUGGCAACAGGGCAUUAACUUCUUCAUUUAGAAUAUGUAAACCACCCAUACUCUGGUUAUCCCGACCCUUCCACAUCACAUAAACCUUGAGGUAGGACAAAAUUUUCCCCUGUGUUAAAUGACUUUAAUACUGCACUUAAUAAACAGCAAUAAAUGAUCCAAUGCUGCAGAACUGCUUUGAUAAAAUCUAUGUGGCUUCUGGCAGCUCAUGCUUACUUUAGCAAUUGAGUUUCUAGUUUUUGGGAAAUUGCACCUUAGGUUAACAUUUAUCUGCAUGUGAUUGAGAAGUGUGCUGCAUGCAGUUUUUUGAUAAUGAAGGUUCUGAAAACCACUGGGAUGGGUUAGGGUUUGGUGAUGUCUAUUUAUAACCAAAACAGCUAAGUACAAGAUAUGGCUGGAGAGAAAAGCUGAUGUAAUAUAGGCAUGUCUUUCUGGUUAUACAGUUUUGGUAGAUAUUCCUUCUCCUGGGCCAGCUUGGCAUAGGUAUUGUACAUAGGCCUGAAUGUACACAAGGUGGCUGGUUGUGAACAAAGUCCUGAAAGAGCCUCUUCUCUUUUUAUAAUAGAAUCAUUAAUAAUAUUAGCAAAAAUGAAGCAAUUCAGAAUAACGAGGACUGCUGUCUUGGUGUAAUGUUUCGUUAAGUUAUUUUGCCCAGUUUAAAGUGGUUUGCACUGAAUAAUAUGCAUUAAAGUGACAUGAUUAAAACGAGGAACUCUGUCAUUUGUAUCUGAGGUAAAAUUUGCAUUCAUUUGAUCAAAGUGAGUAAGAGAGAGAAAGAGUGGGGGACAAAAGUGUGACUGUGAUGCUGCAUAAUCUAUUGCUGAUGAGCACAUUUCAUUUCAGCUCAGCAAUAAAUGAUGGAGGGCUUCAGUUUUAAGUGUUGUUAAGAUUACAAUUUGAAUAUAUUUUCAGCCUUGAUCUGAUAUUUUGUACAUACAAGGACAUAACAGGUUUUUUAUUCUCUUUAAUCAAACCUGUAAAAAGUCAGAUUUGCACCACAUGAAGUCAAGGCUUCUUUGGUGUGGUCAAGGUGGCAUAUUAGAGGCUUUGCACAUUGCUGAUUAACACCUUGUUUGUUAUGAAAAUAUUGGGUAUUGAACUAGAGAACAAAAAACUUAAUUCCUAAGUACUGUCAAGCUUUCAUUUAGCAUAAAAAUGCACUUUAAAAUUCAGCACAAAUUGCCUUAACAGGUACAUUGAUCGUAAAAGUGAAAAGAGGUUCUGCAGCCUGUGUACCAUCAGGUCCAGGGCUUUCAACUUUGAAUAGUUGUAAUAUUGCUAUUGUCAUUUUUAAGUGAUAUCAUUUUGAAAACAAUUAUGUUGUCAGGCUUGUUCACUUCCUGUUUUGGGAUGUCAUAAUACUUUGAUGCACCAAUAUAUUGUGAUUCAUAAAUCCUCAUAUUCAUAAUGCAUUCAUUUAUUUUCUUCCAGAAGGACAACAUAAAGGCCACAAUAAUUCACCAUGUUGUAAUAAUAUGAAAGGAAAUGCCAUUCUGUCAAUUGUGAUGGGUUAUAUUUCUAAAGAAAUGGUAGCUUUGACCAGACUUAUUCCAAUUUUCCUAUCUAGAGGAUAAUUAAUUUGAAGUUGAAUAUUGUACCAUCGAAACCCAUAUUAUGACAUCCCUACUCAGUGGGAUACAAUGAUUCAAUCUUCUGAUUUACUAUUCAUUUGCCUGUUUACGGUCAUAAUCAUUACCUAGAAUUUGGGUUUAUAAAAUAUUGUUAUUUAAAAGAAUAGUUUCUUGCCCAAUGCAAUCUGCUCAAUGUAUCAAUCACUUUACCUUCCCCUUCAACCAAAUAGCAAAUUAAAGAUGAAUUUCCAGGCUCUGA